AUGGACCAGCAAAAAGAUGGAUUCGAAGGAUGGAAUACUAGCAAUGCUACCGUGGCGUUGCCGCCCAAUCAAAACUCGGCAAGCGCACACUGGCGUGCCAAGAGUGGUGUUGAUAUCGGCUUACCUUCCUUGCAGCCGAUAAGAAAUUCUUCUGAAAUUUUGUCUUGUCGAUACGGCAGCCGUUUGAACAUUUCUGUUCUGCAACCGCCACUUCAACUGCGACACCACGGUCCGAUCGUUCGGCCAGUUGACAAGAUGAAGACCACUUGGAAGGACAUUGCCCCUGUUCCAACAUCCCAGGAGUUUAUCGAUAUCGUUCUUAGCCGAACACAGCGACGACUACCCACUCAGAUUCGAGCCGGUUUCAAAAUCAGCAGAAUUCGAGGUUUCUAUACUAGAAAAGUCAAGUUUACCUCGGAGACCUUCUGCGAAAAGCUGCAGGCAAUUCUCGAGGGAUUCCCCCGCCUCCAAGACAUUCAUCCUUUUCACAAAGAUCUUUUGAAUACACUCUACGAUGCCGAUCAUUUCAGAAUCGCGUUGGGCACAUUAUCGACAGCCAAGCGAUUGAUCGAGACUGUGGCAAGAGACUAUGUCAGACUGCUGAAGUACGCACAGUCAUUGUUCCAAUGCAAAUCCUUGAAGCGGGCGGCGCUUGGUCGUAUGGCCACAAUCUGUAAAAGACUGAAAGAUCCCUUGGUAUAUUUGGAGCAAGUACGACAACAUCUUGGACGUUUGCCCAGCAUCGACCCUAAUACUCGGACUCUCCUCAUCUGCGGAUACCCAAAUGUCGGAAAAUCCAGUUUCCUCAAGUCGGUCACUCGAGCCGAUGUCGACGUACAGCCCUACGCUUUCACCACGAAGUCACUUUUUGUUGGACACUUCGACUACAAGUACCUGCGUUUCCAAGCCAUUGAUACUCCUGGUAUUCUUGAUCAUCCACUCGAAGAAAUGAACACCAUUGAAAUGCAAUCGAUCACUGCCAUUGCCCACUUGAGGUCGGCCAUCUUGUAUUUCAUGGAUCUCUCAGAACAGUGCGGAUACUCCGUGUCGGCACAGAUGGCUCUUUUCACUUCAAUCAAGCCACUCUUCGCCAACAAGUUGGUCUUCAUCGUGGUCAACAAGACCGAUGUGACCAAGCCAGAAGAUCUCGACCCAGAAUUACAACAACAGUUACAAGAUCUCCUCACUCAGAACUCCAACACCGAACUCCUUCAACUGUCUUGCAUCACCAAUGAAGGCGUUCAAGAAGUUAAGAAUACCGUCUGCGAUCGACUCGUUGCCGAACGUGUUGCAGCCAAGCUCAAGGCUGGUCAAGCCUCACAGCCUGCCACGGCCGAUGCUCCAUCUGGUCGCCUUGGAGACCUUCUCGCUAGGAUCCACGUCGCGAGACCCAUGGAAGGCGCAGUCAGUGAAACAUAUAUUCCCGAAGCCGUCAAGAAUGGCACCCACAAGAAGUAUGACAAGUCUGACCCGGAGAGGAGAAGGCUGGAACGCGACCUCGAGGAGGAAGAGGGCGGUGCUGGUGUGUACAACAUCGACCUCAAGAAGUUUUAUGACUUGGCAGAUCCAGAAUGGAAGCACGACAAGGUUCCAGAAUUUUUCAAUGGCAAGAACGUUGCAGAUUACGUUGACCCCGAGAUCGAGGAGAAGCUAGCUGCCCUCGAAGCCGAAGAGGAAAGGUUGACCCAAGAAGGAUUUUACGAUGAGAGUGAUAGUAUGGACGAUGAAGAAGAGGCAGAGAUUCACAUGAAGGCUGAAUUGAUUCGCAACAAGCGCACAUUGAUCAUGAACGAAGCGAGGAUGAAGAAGAGUCUCAAGAAUAAAGCCCAGAUUCCUCGCGCGAAGAAAUCGCGAACCUUAGGGCAGAUGGAGAAACAUCUCAACUCGAUUGGUUUGGACGCUUCUUCUGCUACCGAUCGAGCCCGAGCCCAGAUCCGCAAUGCUCCUGCUCGUUCGACGGCCGGUGAUGACAUGGAGAUCGAUACGCCUUCGGCUAGAGUCAAGGCAUUGUCGAGGGCACCGAAGACGAAUAGAUUGACUGACGGAUUGGGCGCCAGCGCCACAGGGGUCACAGACCCAGCUACGCGGGAGAAGGCUUCUCGCAUGGCCAAGUUGAGUCAGAGAAAGAUGAACCGUAUGGCGAGACAAGGUGAAGCUGAUCGUCAUGAGACUGCGUCUCUACCAGCCCAUUUGAUCAAGGGCAAGAGAAAGCAAGGUUCGACGAGGUCAAGAUAG